AAUCGAAUUAUUGCGUGCCUUGAGUUCUCAUUCAAAACCUAGAGUUACAAUAUUAAAUUUAGUACAGGCUGAGCCGUAAAUGAUUGUUAAUAAAGUGAAAAUAUGACUGUUUUAACGAUGACUUCGCUAAAUACAAUUGAGGAAGGAGAUGCCAGCAAUGAGAAAUCAGAGCCCUCACAUGCAAAAGAUCGCGCUAAUGGAGUCUCGGUGCGUUCCCUUAUCAAGGGUGCCAUAGUCAUAUUUACGUUCAACGCGUGUCUACUGUGCCUGGGCUAUCUCAUUUACGAAUAUAUCAGCGCCUUGGAUGACAACAAGAGAACGAAGGUGGGCAAUUGGAUGUGUAGUCUGGUUGGUGUUGUGCUUAUGAUCGUGAUGCAUCGAAUGGGGGACAUGUCUAAGGGCAAUCCACAUUUUUACUACAUUUAGUUCAUAUCAUUUUCAAGUACAAAAUGGAUAGAUAUAAAUUCUAGUACAAUUUAAUCUCGCAGGCUGUAAAAAUUUAUUAAGUAAAACAAAACAAAGA